AUGCCUGAGUGUGUCAUUCUCCCCGAACCCGACCGACUGUGGGAGUUCUGCCCGAGCUACGCAGCAGCAAUCACAUUUCUAUUUCUAUACUCCUCCACAACACUAGUCCACACAGUGCAAGCAAUAUGGUACCGGAAGCCCUUCGCCAUCGCCCUGAUCAUGGGAGGCAUCUGGGAACUAGUGGGAUUUACGCUCCGGGUGUGUUCGAUCCUGAAUCCAUCCAACGGAGGGUACUACAGCAAUAUGGGCAUUCUGAUCUUGCUGGCUCCCCUCUGGAUCAAUGCGUUCGUGUACAUGGCACUGGGAAGGCUGGUCCACUUCACGCUGGUGCACGACACAGUCCUCCGGCUUCGAGCACGACACCUGACCGUCAUGUUCGUGAUAUUCGACAUCACGGCAUUCUUCAUGCAAGCGGGAGGCGGCAUCGCGGCGGCGAAAAGCAGCAACCCAUCCACCAAGAGGACGUGCUAUAACAUCUACAGCGCCGGGGUGGGCGUCCAAAUGGGCUUCAUCCUCUGGUUCGUGGCGCUGGUAUUCCGCUUCCACUACAAGCUGCGCCAACCCAACAUCUACGAGCUCUUCGAUCAAAGGAGGGCCGCCCUCAAGUCCGUUCGGCACAUGAUCUACGCUCUGUAUGCCGCGCUGGUGCUCAUCCUAUACCGCAAUUCAUGGAGGCUGGCGGAAUACGCCACGGGCGUGGACUCGCCGCUCCGUCUGAAUGAGUGGUGGUUUUAUGUUUUCGAUGCUGUGCCCAUGGUGGCGGCAAUGUUCCUGCUCAAUUACUACAACCCUGGUAGGAUAUUAAAGGGCCCGAGGGCAGACUUCUCGGGAGAGAAGAAAGCCAGGAGGCGCGCGAAGAACGAAGGGGCCAGAAAGAGUAUCUGGCUGCAGAGUUACUCGGCUGAGAGGGACCCGGACUAUGAGGGCUUGCCGCUAAGUUCCCGCGGUCACUGA